AUGACAAACCAUCAACUAGGACAGUUAGUGACAGAUUACCCAGAAGUUUUCCAGCUCAUAGCAAACUGUACCGUUACUGGCCUACAGCACUGGGAGUUUGCUCCAAAUAGCAUUUGUUAUUUGGUUACUCUGUGGCAAAGAAAGGUGGCAUCUGUACCUUUUGUGAAAACAGCAGAACCCUGCCUCUUAGAUACCUGUGCACCUGAGACAACAAAAGCUUAUAUUACUUCCAGACUGGAGUGUGUUCCUGCAGUAGUAAGAGAUGGCCUGGAAGAUUCACUGGAUGAUACAGCUACAGUUUUCCAACAAGUGGAGCAACUAUGAGUUAGCAGGUGUGGAUGUGAAAAGAUCUGUACACUUCUUGGACAGUUGUUUGACCAAAAUGCCCAAAACUACCGAAAACUAUUGCACUCUUCUAGUAGGAAUCCAUUAGAAGUCACAGUCCAGGAAGGACACCUGGCACGGCCUGUCUACUUUGUGGAUGCUUUCGUGGGGGGAAGAUUGAUGUACACUAGCCCUGUUGAACAUGAUGCUCUGGAUGGAGAAUUACCCUGUCAGCUGUUUCAGCAGGUGCCUUUGGAUGCCCAGGUACCACAGGCUGGUAAUGAAAAAGUAGAACUGGCAAUUCUGUGGUUCUUGGAUCGGUCACAAACGUGUGUGGGGGAGCAGCCUCAGCACACCUCAGAGGUAACGUCUGCUCUGAAGAGUGACGUAAAAAUGGAGCAGGCCUGUGGAGAAAUGGACCUGACAGCACACCUGGAGCCACGUGUAUUCCCGCAUGUCAGAAGUCUGAGGAAUAACAGAUGACAGCCAUGUUCUGGAAACAUGACAAAAGUGCUAACCAUGACCUGUUUGGACAGCACAGAAAAUGACUUGUCUUCUGCUACCGCAGCCAUCGACCUUCAGAACCAGUCACAGCUGGGACAGGAUCAUUUUUCUAAUGUGACUUUUCCACAGAAAACAAAGCAUAAAUGUUUUGCUUGCUCUAAAUCAGAGCUGAGUUUUGCAUCCUGCCAUGUGGUAACAGCAGUACCCAUCAGACCUUGGUGUUUAUCCAGUGAUGAAUGGAGGAAUAUUGAUACUUUCUGCGUGCACUUUUCAUGUCAUGGAAUUACACAGCCAGGCUUCUUUUUGUUGUUUCAAGUGUUACAAACCUUAAAUACUGAGGAAGAUGUGAGCCUGUGAUUUCAAGAACUCUCCAGUUUCUAAAUGACCUUUCUGUUGAAUAUCCUUUUUUGGUGUAUGACUUUAUUUGCAUAUAAUAAGGUAAAAAAUUAAGGAGAUUGUUGUUUCAUAUGCCUCAUUUUAAAACAAUCCAGGAUAUUAAUGUUUUUUUGCUUUGGUUUAUCUUUUCAUAUGUAGAGUUACUGUUUUUUUGAAAGGCAUGCUUAUUUUCACCUACUUACCAACAAAACAACAACAAAAAUACAACUAGUUGCUUAUGGCCAUCUAUCCCAUUCCUCAUCCUAAUGUUAAUGCCAUUGAUGAGUUCAGCUGUAUGGAGAGCGGGGUUGAUUCUGUAAGCAGUUGGGAACAGGACAGGUUCUGCUUUGAGGAUGUGUGAACGAAGGUAAGCAGCACAGUGCUCUUCUUAUCUUUGCCUGAUUCAAAGUUCCUCACUGUGUCCGUGUCAUUCUACUGGAAAAAUCACAACAGUGGUGUGGGAUUUUUGGUCUGGGUUCUGAUGUGUUUGUGAAAGUUUUCCCCAUUGAUUACUGUUAACUAUUAGCUGUUAGCCACUGUUGGCUACCUAUUGCAAACCCUUUCUGUCUUGUUCUAAUAUUCACUUGUGUACUGUAAGUUGGAGAAGAAUUAUUAUUCUUUGAAUUUUCGGUGGAUUGAGAAGAAGAUUAAAAAUAAAAGAUGAUUAUUUUUGCUGUGACAAAAUAUUUAAAGGUGUGCAGCAGGGAAUAAACGAUCAGAGCUCAUAAAAGCAUUCCACUGGGAAAUCCUCUGCUAUUUUAAAAUAAAAACAGCUUUUUAGUAAUUUUCUAGAGAAGAUUGGUAGGCAAGCAAAGGGGAAGGCAAGUAGAAUAUGACAACCAAAAUAAUUUUAUUUCUCUACAGAACUCUAAUCGUAUAAGAAGAAUUCUAAUAUGUUUUUGUCGGUAGAAGGAUGACAUUCCAUAAGUUAAUUUUGCUUAGAGAAAAAUCACGCAAUGUUUACUUUCCUGUUUCUUUGACACACCAUUGAACAGCCAGCUGAGGAUGUUGUGGCUGUGCAUGCCUCUGGGUUCUCAGGAUUAGGACUGGGAAGGACUUGAAAGUCAAACGUUACUAAAAAAUGUCACAAAAACAGAAGAGGAGACGUUUAUUUAAUUAAUAAGAUUUAUGAAGAGACUGAUGAGCUCCCUCCUCUUUUAUAGGAUACGCUUAUUGCUUCAGUAGGGUUCAAAACAUAAAAGUAACCAAAAAUUUUAACAUGGAGCAUCUAACUUACGGUGUCUGCGGAUUUGUGCCUAUAUGUAUACUUGCUGAAAUAAUCAGCCUCGUAUUUCUCUUAAAGCCAAUAAGCAUUUAAUGUUUCAUACUGGGUUAUGGAGGCUUUCGGAGGCAUUUAUUCACGUGCUGACUCUCAAGGAUGGGGGGUCAGUGAUGAAAAUGAUACUUUUUCCAAGGCUGAAAUGUCGGGAUAGUUUUAGUUUUCAAAUUACUCAAAUUAUAUUUGCAGUAAAUGAGUUUCUGCUCAUGAAAUAGACAUAAUAAUGUCAGGACCUGGAAAGGAUGAAAAAGUAGAUAUUUAAUAACCCAAGCUCUCCUGAAGAAUAAAAUUGUGAUGAAAUUGUAUUUUUCUUGGCAGAAACUUCCUAACUCUUGCAAGACCAUUUUCAGAUGCUCGGUCCCCAGUGCAUCGUCACCAUGUAAAGCAGCGCUGCCUCCAUGAAUACACAUCUUAAGCCUCAUUGGAAACGUUUAAGGACGAGGAAAAUAGAAAUUAACCAAAAUGCAAAUGCCAAAAGCAGAUACAAUUAUUUUUCCGUGGAAAUACUUGUAGCAGGAGUUCCGAGAGCAGCAGCUAUUCUGCUUAGCUGGGUGGGGUUGUACAAAGACAGCUUUAAUGCCGGUUCGCUUCAGCGUGAUGUUGUAUUAGUUAAGGUUAAAAUUGUGUUCCCUGGCAAACCAUAAAAGAUUUCGAAAGUAUUAGACACCCACUUUUGUGCUGGAAUUUAAUAUGCAACUUUUUAUUGGAAAAUAAUCGUCCUUGUCUGGCAAAAUCCACCAUGCAAUAUUUCUGUUAGUAGGCAUAAUGCAAUAAAGACAGGGAGGGCUAUUUAUCACUACAAAUUUUGAGGAUUUCAGGAUUCUUUUUAUUAUUUUAAUAUAUUUCUUUGGUAUUAAAUCAGAAAAAUGAUAAAUUACACCUGUCGACGCUGUUUUUCUUUUUUCCCAGAAAAUGAUGUACAACCCAAUUUCACUGGUCAUUUUGGCUUUUAAAGAUAUGUAUUUUUUUCCUAUAAAAAACUCUACCAAUAGUUUUUUUUUUUAAUAAUAAUACUGAAGUACUUUUUAUUUCGAACAUAUGAAGUAGUUUAUAACUACUUCCUGGCAUUGCAAACUUUGGCCUUUUCACAUUACAUUAGUUUUUUUAAACGGCGCUGGGUACGUAUUGCUGUGAAAGAAGCAGGAUGUUGUUCAGAUGCUGGAUCCAGUGGAUCAAUGUUCGGUAUUUGGUAUAGAUUAAACUGUGGCUAGCCUGAAAGGUUAAAAUAAUCAUUUAUUUAAUUUCAAUACUUGUCCUGUAAGUCAAUCAGCUUCUUGACAGCCUUUGAAAUUGGGUUAUUUAGCGUUGGGUUUUUCUUGGUGUUUUUAACUGUCCUUUUUUCCUUCUUUUUUCGUUUUAUUUUUGAAUGAUUGUCUGUGAUUAAAAGCACAACGUUAUUCCUCUAACUCUGUUGUACAGUAGGAAAAUUUAACAACUGAGGAAAAACAUAAAGCAUUACUAACAGCAAGGGCAACAAAUGAUUUGAGCUGGUGUCAUGGUUUGCAUUACUUUCACAAUUAUUACAGGUUUGCAUAUUUUGAAAUAUAUUAGCCCAAUUUGAUUUCAAAGCUCAGUUAUUUGAAUUAUAAAUCAUUAUGUCCCUCCUAGCUGAUCAGUCCUGAAAUAUCUUUGAAUUAAUUUACAUAAUGGAAUGUUAGUCAUUCCUUUAUGUCUUGGAAGCCAUAGUGCUCCCUCAUGCACGUUUAGUUCUUUCUAAUAAUUAACUUUUCCCCUGUACGUUUCUGUAUCAAAAUACUCACAGUUUCAUUUUUGCUUUGCACAGGGGCACAGGUUGAAAUAUUUCUGAGAGACUCUCAAUUCUUAUCCACGUCUUUGUUAGCCUUACAGUGCUAUGGAAGGUGCUCUCUCUUAACAGGGAAAAAAUGAAGUAAACUGUAGCUCUGCAAUAUAAAAACAUGAAAGUGCUGUAGAUUGACAAAGAAUCAUCUUAAAACUAGAUUAGGGGAUUUUCUAAUAGCAGCUAUGAAACCUAUUGGUACACUUUUAUCCAUUUAAAAAGAAUUUAAUCCAUUUAAAAUGAAAAGGGAAAUUGUUUAUUCCUGUAAAAGUAAUCCAACGCUACAACCAAUUAUGUGCAAGAAUGGCAGAGUGCAGCACAUGGAGAGGAAAACAGAGCAGCAGUAAGAGUUAUGGCUGUUUGACAUACAUGAGUAUGUGCUCUCCUGUAAGGUUAUACAGUUGCAUACUAUUAUUUCCUAAAUAAUCAAUGCCAAGGAUAAAUAGCAUUCAGUGAAUGACUCCCAUUUUUAUAGUGCUUGUGAAGCGUGCAAACCCAUAAGUCCUUUUAUUUCAUGCUUUUGAUGCAUAUCUCUGCUUCUUGCAGUUUUUUUAAUGAUAUUUUGGAAAAACUGCCUUAGUGCCCUUGGAUACAUCGCCAUGGAACUGAAACACUGGGAUUUAUGUGACUUGCUGAAAGUUAUCCAGUGAUUUUAUUUCAAAUGAAGGAGAAGCAGCAGUUAGCAAAUGUAGGCCAUCGCUUUGCCCCUUCUCUCACGUGCAGGCGUCCCUGAAGGCAGCUCUACCUGCAGCACAAAGCUGUGCCUGCAGUGCAGUGGUGGCCAACGUUAUCUCCUUCCUCCAAGUCCAGAUGUUUGGAUCAUUUGAGAUAGGAUUUAGUGUGUCGUCAUGUUGUUAAAGAUGUUUGUAUCCAUGCUGCUGGCAAAGGAUUCAAGCUGUGGAACAACUCUUGACCCCCUUACCUGUAAGAGCUUCUGCAACUUAAGCUUUGCAAGAUCAGCUUCUGUGUUCAUACGAAAUAGGCUAUCUUUUGUGUUACCUAGUGCAUCCCUCUGGGAGCCAUUUUUCAUACAAGCAAAUGCAGAUGUGCUGAGGCCAAGAUGGGGCUGCUUUUGUCCAGAGCUGGAGAGCUUUAUGAGUGCCAUGGAGAGACCAGCACCGUGCGGCCAUCCUGCCACAGUGCUGCCCUGCAGUCUCACCAUCACGAGGCACGAGACUCUCCUAAGAAAUUUAUAUUCAGUUCUAAUACAUUUGAAAAUACUUUGUUUUAGUGUGUAACAUAGCUUAGUAUGUAUGAGAUACACAUUUAUCUAUGGUAACUGAAGCAAAUGAGACAGGCCCGUAAGACUGCCUCUGUGGUUCAGCAGCUGUGAGGUCAGUGCUGCUUAGGGCUGCUGCCAGUCCAUUGCCCGGUGCCCUUCUUCAACACAACCAGUUGUAAAGCUGCUUCUAUUGCGCUGAUAACUUGGGGCUGAGGGAAAAAAUUAACAUUUCUUAUCAGAAUCUCUGUUUAAUUAUAUGAGUCAUUUCAUUCGUCUCUUCUCUGACUAGAAUAUAUGCCACGAAAAGUAAUUGCUUUAAUUAAUAAUAGAUUAUGAUCUUUAAUGUUCUGAAGAACAUCUCCAUGAUGUAUUUUCAGUUGAAAUUCAAGGUCUCCUUCAUUUAAAUUUGUUGUUGUUUCAGUUGGGACUUUUUUCUUGCUAAAAAAUCCUGCAGGUUUGUACGACCUGAUUACAUAGCAGCGAUGUGGCAAGGCUGGUAUUUCCUUAACACCUGCUGCUGAUAGUUUCCUAAAAAGACCUGUGAAAACAGAUGCUGUGAAAUUCGUGCUUCAGAAUCACACAAGUAAGCAUUUCCCUUCCUUGGGCUUCAGUGGUAAUUACAACAUCAGUGACCUCUGGUGUUGGACAAUAUUCUGUACUGCUCUCACUCGUCUUCUCAUGGUAAAUUUAGGUGAAGAUGAGAAUGAGUUUAAGAAUUUCAUGCUGCCCCUCACCGUUUCAUUUAAGAGUGUGACUCAGAUGCUCAACAGCAGUUUAGAACAAGAAGAGGCAAAGCGUAUGUUGAUCGGGCUGGCAAGAGAUCUUCGAGGGAUUGCCUUUGCACUAAACACAAAGACCAGCUACACCAUGCUGUUUGACUGGAUAUACCCUACACACUUUUCUGUUCUGCAAAAAGCUAUUGAACUGUGGUACCAGGAAGCUGCAUGUGCAGCACCUAUAGUGAAACUGAUGGCAGAAUUCAUGCAAACAGGUCACGACGUUUAAAUUUUGAUGGAUCAUCUCCAAAUGGAAUUCUUCUCUUCAGAGAAGCUAGUGAAAUGAUUUGUACAUACGGCAUACAUUCAAAACUCAUCUUUAUGGGGCAGUAAUGAAUAAUAAGAAAUAUGAAAGUGGAAAAGACAAGGAACAUUAUUUUUCCCUCUAUAAAUAUGGUGAUCAGAUCCUCUCUCUUGGGACUUUGUCACAAGAUCAGGUUUAUCCACUGAAACUCAGGGCAUUUCCAUCUGUUACUCUGCACUCAAAUCUGCCUGUUGUGGAAAUUAUAUCCGCUUUGGCUUCUUGGAGUCGUAUGGGGACGAGCACUUUGACAGCGUACUUCAGGCCUUUGUCAGAACACUGCUUUCAGCAUCCCACAGUGACUUGCUAAACUGUCAUUUUCUUGCUGGAAGAGACCAAUUCUGGACAGCUAGAGAUGGUUAACAUCCAGAUUUGUGCCUAUCACAAGAAGGAAAACCUUACAACUGGAAAAGCUUCUCUCAGUGAAGACCUGUUUAUUGGUUGUAUCGUGAAGUGCAGGCAUUUUGCACGUUCCUAGCCAUCCAGAAAUACAUUCCUCAACACAGGUCCUUAAGACAAUAUCGAAAGCUAAGCCAGUCUUAUUACCCACUUUUGGAAUGUCUGACCCAAGAUCAUAUGGAUUUCAUUACCAGCUUAGAGCCUCAUGUCCUUACCUCAGUGUCUGGAGGACUUACUGCUCGAGAAAUAUUUGUUUGGAAGAAAGACUUUUGGGAUACUGUGCCCAUCCAGGGAAUCCCAGCAUGAUUAGUAAAGGCUUUGAUAAUUUUUCCUGAUCGCCAAACUGUUGGAAUUUUCCUUCAGAUGAUGUCAAUCCUAACGAACACCAUCAGUUUGGAAGACUGCAGGAACCAACGGUCUGUGUCAGGACCACUGCUUGGACUUAUAGCUCUAGAUGAGAAGGUGAGCAUUUAAGAGGUUCUUCCAGGUGCACUCUUUGAAAUCAUUAUUUCACUUCAGAACAAAGCUGCCUGUGGCUCUUUCAAAUCCCCUCCCUCUUUCCCUGGAACCUAACUCACUUAGCCCCAUGCUAAAGUAAAGCUCAGCUCAUGUACCAGGUAAUAUUUUACAGAUUUGUUCACAAAGGCUGAUGAGAAAAUCUUUUCAAACUUUACCCCAACUUUUACACCCAAUCUUAGAUAUUGCAAAUAUAGCAAACCUCUUUUUUUUUAUCAUUAUUAUUAAUAGAUUUUAAAUCUUUGUUUUUCCAGAAUAAGGUAGGAAUGAUAGGCAAGCUCAUCUGGCUUUUAGAUACAGCACUGAAACAAGAACACUGUGGAAAUCACGUCAGAAAAAAAUUGCUUCCUAGAAAAAUAGUUAACCAAUUCCUUUUUCUGAAAGGUUUCACAGGAACAAGCAGCUUUGAGGAUAUUAUCUGAGCUCUUACACUUAAGUACCAGCAUUGAUUGCAAUUUGGAUUGUGUUCAUCUGUGGCAAAUCAUAUAAACCAGGAAAUACUCUGCAAUUUGCCCUUUCAAUAAAAUCUGAAACUAUGAAUUUGGAUAUACCCAUCAUGUUUCCCUUGUGACUUAAUAGAGACAAUAUUGUCAGAAAUGGAAACCAUCUGAGUAAAUGAAUGCGAAUCGAUCUAAAUGUGUGCAUUUUUUGUAUAGCCAGGCAUUGUUCCUGAAGAUACUGACCUGUUGUAUUUGCCACAGUUCAGAGCUGGCUCUAACUUUAUUCUGUAUUGCUUUAUAUCUUGGGCAGUCACAAGCCUCAGUGUAUUACUGCUUUGGAGAAUGAAUUGUCUAUACAAUAAGAGGGUGCUGGAAAAAAAUAAGACACUAAGAUUAGCAGCAACUGCAUACAUUAAAAUUCAAACUGAAAUCCCAGCUAUGGAAGGAAACUAAUAGAAGAAGAAAAUAUAUCAAGAAGAGAAGCGCUGUCUCAUCAUUCACCUGUGCUGAAGGAUCCAAUUUUAGCCAUAUCCAAUAGCACUGUCAUUCAUCUUCUUGGUGUGUUAUUGUGAUUUAAAUCCAGGCUCUAUAAGAGAGAGCAGUUCUUUUAAAAUGAUUGAGAGGGAAUAAGGGCAAAUUCAGUGUUUAGGAAAACUUUAUGACAUCACAAUAUUAUACUUUACAGAUGGAAGCAAUAUUUCCUACUUUGGAAGGAAAACUAAUCAUUUUCUAUCUGCUCUGAGUCACUGCAUCAUUAUAAAAGUGGGAAAUAAGUAGCUUUGUGCGUUCCCAAUCUUGUUCAAGACGACACUUUUGUUUAUAUAAUGCUUCUGAUUUAUAGCGUUUAAGUAUUAGCCUGACUACAUAUUAAUUAUGUGUUUUUUGAUGUUAGCUGCUUCCGUAUGAGAAGAAAUUAAAUAUUUCACUUGAAGAUAAAACUGUGGAGCUGUAAAUCACAAGAAAUAAAUUUGUGACUGGCAGAAUAUUCUUUUUACUGAAAUUAGGCUGGUUCUAAUGAUUAUGUGUUUUGCUUAGCAGACACAGGUACGUACAAGCGCCGUGACUUAUCAGCAAGCCUUCCAUUUCUUUUGGAGGGAUGGAGAACAGGAAAUAUAAUUUGCAGUAUUUGCAUUGCCCAUUUUGCAUGGAGCAUAUUAUUUUGUGAUCAGAAAAAAGUAGGUGAUGCACUUAGAUGUGGCUGUAAGAGUCAUCUUUCCUCGGCUCGUUUCAGUACACUGCCAGCUUAUUUAUUGGAAGCAGAUUGCUUUAUUUCAGGUGGGGUAUCAGUCUGUACAGUUCCUCUGGUAGCAAGCACACAUUAACCACAUUUUACUUUUAUUGUUUGUUCUCGUCUACUUUCGUUGUAAUGAUACUUCCCUUGCCGAUAGUUCGUCUCAAAGGGAAGGCGGCAGGUUUACCUGGGGACUCAGAAAAGCUAGGAUUCAUACUUGCUUGUCCUUAUAGGCUGAGUUAUGCCAAAAUGGGAGUUGUAUACAGAGCCCACCCUAAAACAAUGCUAAAUCUUUUGAGACAGCAUCAGCUUGCUAUCAAAUGAGAUGGUUUCCAGUGGCUCCUGACAUCGUUCCUCUCCCAAAGUGAGGCAGCAAGUUUAAUUUAAAUCCUGAUGGCAGCCAGGAUCCUGGCAUCUCCUUCUUGCUAUUCUUCAACAAAGAAGAUCACAAGCAUGUGUGUGCAUGGGCAGAAGUGAUGUUAUUGCAGAGAAGCCCUAGAAGCCCCUGGGCUCAGAGCAGCUCUGUAGUGCUGGAGCAGCGAUGCCAUGGGAGAGUCCUCAGCAGAGGCUGUCAGCGGGGAUGUUGGACAGAGGUGUAAUUCCUUGCUGUUAGGGAGGGUAUUGGUAAGACUUUCUGUUGUGGGGUUGACGAAAGAAGCUCUUGGAACACCUCUGUUCCAAAACUGUGAGUACCAGAGAGGAUCUCAGGAUUGCAGCCUUUUCUAGACUGAACUCUGCAUUUGUCACCUUGAGAGAAUGCUUUGGGGAACGUCUUUGUUGCAGACAGAUAUUUCGUCUUUUACUCCUACGUGUUUUUCAAGUUUGAGUUCACAUGUUUGGGACCCAGCUAUUUGAUCAGCAGGUGCUGUAGCAACCAGCACAGAAGUGUGAUACAGGAUGUGUCUGUUUUGAAAGGAGCUGGAUUGGGGGCUGGUUUUUCACUUCCUAUCGUGGAAUCAUAGAAUGGGUUGAAAGGGGCCUUACAGCCCACGUAUCUCCAGCCUCUGCCAUGGGCUGAUUGCUGCCCACCAGAUCAGGCUGCCCAGGAACCCAUCCAGCCCAACCUUGGGCACCUCAAGGAUGGGGCACCCACAGCUCCUCUGGGCGACCUGCGCCAGUGCCUCAGCUCUGAGUAUUCCUAUCAUCCUACUGAGUUGUCAUGGGCUUAAAACUAGAAUGCCCUGAUUUUACUACGUUUUCUUUUCUCGUAUUUUUGCAUUAAUACAAGAGAGCUGCAUUUUUGGUCAGAAGGAAGCUCAUGUUUGAAAUUUAACUGGUUUUAAACUGAGGUGUUAAACAAAUCCCUGGCAUGCAUUUUGGCUAUCUGUAUGAUACCCUGGUGUAUCCUUUUUUUUUUUUUUUUUUUUUUUUUUGCCUAGCAUUAACUUCAAAAGGCUGUUGAUAUUUUGCAUACUAAAAACUCUUUUCAGCCUUCUUUUAAUGAGUUUUCUUGAUGUGCAACUGAAAUGUGGAGAUGAGGUUAGGCUUUCCUCCAUCAGUACGUGUGCCUUUGACCAAACUAGCUUGGCAGUUGUCAGUGUGGUCGCUUAAGCUUUUACCUCUUAACUUCUGUUGUCAUUCUUGAACCAAAAGACCACAUUCAUUUUAGAGUGGUUUCUAUAUGUCUGACUUGGUUACUGAUGGUAAAACUUGGACUGGUGGAACUUUCUGUAGCAGUGUCUGUGGACGGAACUGCUAUCCUGCCUCUCGAAUGAUGAGGUGUGGGGAAGGUACUGUAGAAUGGGGUGGAGACCACCAGCAAUAUCCUUCUUGAAUGCUGUGAACCUCUGCCAGGUGCUCGGGCACAGGUUCAGCAGAAUAGUUCAUUCACCUCUGAAUAGUUGUCUCUCUCAGUGUUCAUACUGUGGAUGUGCUUAUGCCCAAGGCCAGAAGACUUUGGUCUAUGUAGUCAGUACAGUAAACACUAAACAGGAUUAUACAACUUCUUUGGCUACAGGAAUAGGGUAGCUGAUGACUCUGGAGAUUGCAUCCCAUUCCUUAUUGCUAGGCUAGCCAAAAUUUGUCCAAAGGUGGUAAAAAGUUCUAUUUUAACUAGUCUGUAGAUUAACCAGGACAGAGUGGAUAUAGUAAUACAGAAAAUGUCAUAGAAUGCCUAGCUUCUAAAGAAGCAAGGAUGAGUCUGUCUCAUGUCAGCAGUACAGUGGAUGAGAUCCUGCAGUGAGAUGUGCAAACUUGCACCAUUCAAAAAAGACUUAAAGAGGAGUCGAGGAACUUUUAUAUCACCUCUCUCAGGUGGCUUCAUGUGUUGGAGCUCAGAAAGUGGCCCCUCACUAAAUUGUAGUCGUGAGGUAGGACUGAAGCUGGUGUGGCUCAGGACACCUAAAUCUGCUUGCAGUUUGCCCAGCUCCUCUCACAGAAGGCAGCCUGUGAAGCUUUGUUCAAGAAUGCUCCUGGUGCAGGUGAGUAACUGGCUUUAAACUUCCAAAUCACGUUCCUGAAGUUCUCUGUUUCUUUAUCACAGUACUUCAGUGAGCUGAGGGCAACUUUGAUAAACAGCCAGCCUGGCAGCACACAGCAAGUCCUUGAGCAGUGCUUCAGGAACCACAUGAAAGGAGUUGAGCAGAAGGUUUCAGUGAAGAACAGAGGCUGGUUCACCCAGAACGUGUCAGUGUUCUGAAGGGACGUGGCUGAGGUGCUGCACAGUGAAGGGGCGGCCGAUGCGGGCAGCUUGGGAGUGAAGAGCUGACAAGGACUGGGGAAAGCAGAGCUGGCUAAUAAAUCUGUUCUGAAAGCUUUGGAGCCUUGUUAUAUUGUUAGAUUUUGACCCUUGUGGAAACUACUUUUUUAGUUAACUUCUGCCAUUCUAUAUCUCUGGUAUAAAUGUAAGGCUUUGCAAUAGUGAAAGCAAUGUGAAGUCAACAUUUUCUGCCUUUCUUAGCAAAAUUUACUAUCUUGUUCUUUUAUCUUUAUGAAACGGUGUACAAACAGUACUUAACCAAAGAGCAUGACAGUGUGCAUGAGGAAAUGGAAGACUACAGGUGAGCACUUGAGACUCUUAAGUAUGGCCAGGAAAUUAAGAAUGUUGCAUAUAAUAUAAGAGAGCUGAUGGAGCUGCCAUUACUGAAACACUGGUGGGAUCUGAAUUUCACCAGCACAAGUUUUCCAGGUCCUUGGAAAUGGGGAGAGGGGGAAUCCAGGGCAGAAAGAAGUUGCUAAAUGUUAUGAUGCUGUUUAAACAGGAUUAAAUGCAUCCACUCCAACAAAAAAAAGCAAGCAGAUCCAAAGACGUAUCACUCAUACUUACACGGCUUCUGGCACGAUGAAGAUGAAUACAUGCAUCUAAACCAGCAAACUUGGCAGAUUUGUCUUCACCUCUCAGAGGUGGUGAAGAGCUCGGUGUGUACCGACCAGAAGCCCUCCUUGGGUCUGCAGUGCACACACACACAGCACUGCUCUGUGCAGCACAGUGAAGGGCCUGAGGUGGGCACAGGGUGCCAAUGAUGAAUGAAGCAAGAUCUAACAAGAAUCAGAACUAUUUAAGUAAUAAGUCGAUCAGUUGACAACAUACAAAAGCUAUUCCGUGCAAUUAGAUACUGUUGGCAUUGGGCUGGGCUUUCUUUUUCCUUAGGCAAAUAAUUGGUUGCCUGCGCAAUGAGGAAACGAGUUGUCACUCUUAGGUUCUACAGGCUGCACAGCUGAAGCCAUUCCCUGCUGUGUGUGCAGCCGUGUCCGUCUGACAGAGGGAGGUCCUGCCAUUCCCCUGCAGGUGGUUCCAGGGCUCUGGGUAAUUUGCUGUUGAAACUUUCCAUCACCUCCCAGCCCCACAUUGGCAUUUAGAGGCUCGGAUGAAAGCGGCUGUGCUCAGCGCCCAGUCCUCGUGCUGGUUUGUUAGCGGCUCUGCUGGGAGCAGAAGUUGGGCAUGGUGGAAAGCAGAGCUCAGUGUGUCCCUGUCGCUCAGCGUUCAGACUCAAGGCUUGUGUUCACAUAAGGCUGCUGCCUUCUGUGGCACUUCUCGAAUUCCGCUUCUAACGCUUCCCACAACUCACACCUUGUAAAUGGGGCAAACUGGAUGUGUGUAUUUGAGCAGCAUUCCAACUUUGGUUAACAACUGACAGCAGGACCUUCUUUAGAGAAGCUGGUCGUAUAAACAGGCUUGAUUUUUGGUUUGGAGAUGGAUGGCAGAACAAGCAGUGUGUUUUAUGACUCCAGGUCCUUUGUUGAGAGUCUGUGCUGUCAGCCUUGAGAAGGCCACUGGCAAAGUAGGCACAGCCCAGACUUUCCUCCAAUGCCUCCAAAGGAUGUGUGAUGCCUGGUUGGUUAAAAGCAUUGUUGCCUUAAGGGGUUUGGGGUUUCUUUGUACUUUAAGAAAAAAAAUAAAAAAUAAAAAGAAUGGAAACGAUGGAUGGAGAAAACAUCAGGAAGGAGACUGCGUUCGGCCCCCAGUGAUUUCCUCUCGAGAAAGCAAUGCAAGUCUGUCUUGUUCUGCUGACAGCUUGGGACUGCAGAACGGCUCUGAUUCUCCCCCAGAUGCAUUUUCUGUGGUCACAGUGAGGCACCGACAGCUGCACUGCAGGUGAGCGCCUGCCUUGCGAGGAGCAGAGCAGCCCUGGCACAGGGAGAGCAAAGCCCAGCACCGUCCUGCUGGCACCGGGGGCGCUGAAGAAGCUCAGCCACGAGCGGUGCACACUUUGUAAAGCAGCUCCUUAGACUUGUUAAUGCUUUAUUGGAGUUUACGAUGACAGCGAACCUUUCAAACUGCAGAGGGGUAACGCGCUUCCUUGCCCUAUUAAAAAAUAAUGUUGGUGUGGAUGUGAUGUACCACAGUUUAGGCGGCCGUUAGGAGUGCUUCUCUGACAGCGUUCUGUUUGAGGUUUAC